AUGGAUGCUGCGUUACACAACCCAUAUGCUCGAUCUCCUAACCCCUCCACAAGGUCCUACGAUUCAUCGUCGGUGUCGUCCGCAACGUCCCCUAAACCCUCUCUCCAUUACGUGGGCGGUCUGAUGAACACAAGUGCGCGGCCCAGUGUGGCCGCCCCUCCACAGCCCAUAGGCAUCCCAUCGUUACCGCCACUGCAUCAGACGUCGUUCCAACCGUAUACUCCGGCCACAGCAGCCUCCAUGAUGGGACGAGACUCACUGCCGUCCAACGAGUCGGUGGCGAGCACGCCAGGUCCGUCCAACGCCCAGCUGCCACUGGGCCCCAGCUCACAGGCGCAGAAGAGAGCAUACCGCCAACGACGAAAAGAUCCGAGCUGCGACGCUUGCCGUGAGCGCAAGGUCAAGUGCGAUGCUACCGAGACGACGAGCUGCUCAGAGUGUUCGAGCCGAAACGUAAAGUGUCAGUUCACCAAGGAGACCAACAGGCGUAUGUCUUCUAUCAAGCAGGUGCAGGAUCUCGAGAAGCAGCUGGACAAGAUCAGGCGGGAAAACAGCACCCUGCGUCGGAUGCUGCAGGACCGGGAUGGAGGUCCUGGCGGUAUGGACUUGGAUGCCGAAGGCGGCGAGGCCCAGUCGUUGCAGGCCCAAAUACCCGAAAUCGGAACGAUACCAAAGCCAAAAAAGAGGCCACCGCCAAUGCCCGAGCUCGGCAGGACGAGACCAACCAUUCUUGCCUCCUCCAAAGGAAUCUUCAAGACGCCAGCACACUACCGCUCAUCACAAUCUUCACGAGCGUCGUUUUUCGACCCUCCACGACCCGAAUUACCUCAGCGCAAGGCGGCAGAUCAGAUUUUGAACGCCUACUACGCUUCUAUACACACGACAUUUCCCAUGAUUCACUGGCCCACUUUUCAACAGUCGGUUGAUGAGCUCUACCGGCCCGGCGGAUUGCAAGCAGCAAAGCCAUCUUUGCUGUCCUGCUUCUUCACAGUCUUGGCCGUCGGCAGUCUCUUCUCGCCCGAUUCUCAUCGAUCGAAUCUGGCUUGCGAGCUCGCCGACGCAGCACGGAAAGUGAUAGAUCCGUGGACAAACGAAUAUGAACUCGACCACGUGCGGACUCUUGCACUCAUGGCGAUGCUACUUUACGAGAUGAACUUGAAAUCCGUCGCAUGGACCUGGGUCGGGUCCGCGGUCAGGAUGGCCCAGGACAUGGGCUUGCACGCCGACUUGGGAUCUUGGACCAUGCUAGAGGGCGAAAUGCGUCGAAGGGUCUGGUGGACGGUCUACGUUUUGGAACAGAGCAUGUCUGUAGAGAUUGGCCGGCGGACCAUGAUCGAUGAUAGCGACUGCGACGUGCCUCUGCCUGCCGCCGUUGACGAUCACUAUGUUCAUACCAACGAAAUUCGAGUGCCUCCGGGGCAAGACCCACUAACACAUACCUUCAUACCAGUUAUCAACGUCGUACGCUCAUACUCGGCGCUGGGGAAAGCACUCAGCGCCCCAACCCUAACGUCGACGCACCUGUCGACUUUCGAUCAGCACUUCGCCUCAUGUCUGAGGGCCUUUCCCGCACCCUGCGACCUGGCGAACCAAAACGUGGCCCUGUCCCCACACUACCUAAACCCCUUGGCAUACCUCUAUAGCGCUAGAAUGCUCCUCCACCGCCACAACCUCUCUCCCAUCUGCCCCCCGGAAGCCCGAAGAACCGCCAUCGAAAUGUGCACACUCACCGGGAUCGACACGGCAGCCUCGGUGGCACGUACGCCUCCAACAUUACACGACACGGCGAGUGCGAUUCUGACGGUUCACCUCUUCCGCUGCGCCCUGUUCCUCAGCUUCACGGGCUAUCUCGACGAGGCCAUCAUAUGCACCCGAGCACUGACGGCCAUCAGCUCGCGACGUGACGUGGCCAUUCCCUGCGGGAGAUAUAUGGCCAUGUUCCUGUCCAAACUCACCGCCAAGCGAUCCGAGUACGCCGACUACCUUGUACGCUCCACCACCUCCCCAGGCCCUCAGCACCACCACUCCCCCUACAGCCAACCUCCACCACGACCAGACCCCAGCCAGCUUCGCGAGAUGCUCCUCUGCGACGAAGAACUCCUGGUGCUCGUGGGUGCAGACCUGCAAGCCGACGCGAACGUGGCUUGGGUCUGGGAACCGAGCGGCGACCCCGAGUCCUCCGCCAAGGCGACCGCAGCCUCGGGGUUUACCAGCAGGUCGGCAGCCGGGACCGCCACUACCGCCGGAGGCAGAAGCAACCUCUUCAGCGUCGAAUACCGCGUUGGUCUGACGGAGGAUGAGAGCCGGGACUGGGGCGGCUGGGAGCGGGUCGACGCCAUGAUCAGGGCUCUAGGAGAGGCUCCCCAGCCGCUGCAGGUGGCCGCACCGGCGCCCGCAGGGCCUGUUCUCCACCCGCAACAACACCAGGCCAUGUCGGGCGGCACGCUGCCGCCGCUGCAGGCGUGGCAACCGCCGCCGCCGCCGCCAGCACACCAAGCUGUGCUGCCACCAGUCAAGGUGGAGCACGGCGCCGUGGCUCCACGGUCCGGACUGAGUCCCGGGUCCGCCGCGGGGCCUGCGGGCGAGGGCAGUGUCACGGGGAGCCCGUCGGUGGGAUCGGCAAAGAGCAAGAGCCAAUCGAGGAUCAGCAUUGCAAACAUUAUAUAA